CCGCCAUGCUGCCUUCGUCGAGCCGGCCACCCGUGAAGCACAGCAACAUCGUCCCUACGCUGUCCUUCAGCCUGCCCAGCCCUGAAGAACAGGACGAGGAGGAGAGAACUUCUUUUAUAACAGGCUCACCAUCAGGCCGUACAUCGUCACCAUCACGACGCCAGGGCCGGCCGAGCGUUAGUAUAGACGAGGACCAUGAGACGUUACCACUCAUGAUACGCGAGGAGGACGAGGACGGGGACGAUGACGAUGAAGAUCACACCGACGGUUCUGACGUGCCACUCCUCGCUACCAGGAGCCACAAGAGAUCAGGAUCUGCAGUGUCCAGGAUCCCGACGAGUCCUUUGGGCUCUAGGAGGGCUUCGGCGGCGGUUGGUGGCGCUUCAGCGGCCACCGGUGGCCAGCCAUCUGAAGGCCUUGGCUCGACCAUUGCAGAGUUCCUCAGUAAACGAAGUGCUGAGGAACAAACGAAUGUAGCGACGGCGGCUGCUGUGGUGCCAAGCCUGGUGGUGUCAGCGCAGCCAGAAGACAUGAUGAGUUUUGCCACCAACCUGGUCACUGAUGCCGUGAGACAGGCUCAGAUCAGGGUUAAACAGAGGGCUCGGGAAUGCCCUGACUUGCGGGCGAUGGUGACAUCUUUUGUAGCUGAGGUCUUGGACGUCGCCAAGAAAGAAGCAUACCGCAAAAUUGCUGAGAAGAACAACAUCAACAACGUUCAGAAUUUGCCUCAAGGCCGUGGACUACCAUCCGUAAUCGGUGAGGGGAUCCGGACGAACCCGUGGGUGCACCGCGCCGUCCGCUACGUCGGAAACAUCCUGGACCGCAUCUGUCCGUGCCGGAGUCCUUUCUUUAAAUUGUAGGCUCAUUAUAUAGACUAUUAUCACAUGUAAUACUGACAACUGAAGUAACUCAAACUUCUCCAUGACAUAUUAAAAUUGUUAAAAAUAUCCUCAACAUUUUUUGCUUGCUUUAAUGAUGUUGUAUCGUAUUUUUAUUGAUCCUAUCAGAAAAGGAACAUUAUUACGUGGGGGAAUGAAAUAGUUAUACCCGUUUAAUUUAAAAUUAUGUCGUAUUGAAUCAGUGAUAUUCAUCGAGUUUGUUUCCGAAAUUUUUUCUAGUUCACGAACCAAUUAUUGCAGCCAUAUUGCAAAAAUUUAUAAGACGCCGGUACCACAAUUCACUUUCUUUCUUUAUAGAUAAGAAAGAUUAUAUUUAAAAUCAAUAUUCGGGUGCCGAAAAAAGUCAAAACAAUUCGAAACUUUGUACCUUAAAGAAGUUGUGAUAAAUGUGCUAACAUGUACACCGUCAAACAUUUAACCCUCUACCGCCGUAUGUCACUCUCCGGG